CCUAAUCAGUGGACUUUUUGUCACUGUCACCCUCCAAUUUUCCAACGAAUGCAUAAACUCAUCAUCCUCCUAGUGUUGAUCCUCGAAUUCGAAAUUAUUGCCGAACCUGAUGAGAAAGAAGAGGAGCAGCAGGAAACUGCCGCCACCACCGAGCCCAGCAUGGAGGCAAAAGAAACUUUCACCAAAUGCUACAAUGAAUUGGGUUGCGUGGCCGCAAACGAGGGCUGGUUUCACGACAAAUUCCGCCCGAUUAAUCUAAAGCCUUUGGAUCGGCAGGUCAUCCAAACCGAAUUUGUGCUAUUAAGAAGAAACGGCACCCGACAAGUGAACGCCAUCUUUGGCCAAGUGGUUACUACCAACAGGGAAUCCAUCGAAAGUGCCGGAUAUGUUAAAGGCAAAUUUCUCUUUGUGCUCGUUCACGAUUUCACCAGCAGCGGCUACAGCGGCUGGAUAAAGCACAUAUCCAGAGUGCUAAAAGCCCGGACGAAAGGAUGCAACAUAUUAUCGGUUGAUUGGCAUGCUGGAUCUGGUCCCCCUUACGAUCAAGCCAUCGCAAAUGCCCGCGUCGUUGCAUUAGAAAUCGCCUCUAUGUUAAAUUUUCUAAAAGCGAAUCACGAGCUGACGUUCCAGCAGGUUCAUCUGAUUGGACAUGGAGUGGGAGCCCACAUUGCUGGAUAUGUGGGAAAGAGUCUGAAGCCUCAUAAAAUAAUAGGAUUAGAUCCAAGUGGUCGUCGAUUCGAUGGUAUGCCCAGCCCAGUACGACUAGACCACACAGACGCCGAAUAUGUCGAAGUUUUACACACAGAUGCGAUGGAUUAUACCAGCCAAGGGGCUAAAGACAUCUUGGGACACACAGACUUCUUCAUCAACAACGCGGAGGCUCAGCCAGGAUGUCCAGUGGACCAAACGAGUUACGACUUGCUAGCCCUCACAAGAGCCAUGUUGAACCAGGGCGAGGUCAUGCCAGGCUGCAGUCAUAAAAGGGCCUAUAAGUACUAUAUUGAGUCGCUGGAGAUUGAGGAAUGCACUUUUUUGGGCAUCAAGUGCCAAAGCUAUGCGGAUUUCAGGCAGGGCAAAUGCACAACGUGUGGCCACAACUGCAGGACCUUUGGAUUGGUCUCCUACUCAGAGCCUAACAAUGGCUCCUAUUUCCUCCAGACCGACUCGACGAAGCCCUACUGCUUGUUUCAGUACAGGGUGAAUGUGUCGAUCAAAGGGACCAAGUCCACCUUCUUUGGCUCUUUUGAAUUCUUCCUAAUCGAUAAGUUCCAUUUUAUCACCACGUCCUCCAUGAUGGAGCCCAGGGAAUUCCUUGCUGGGGAAAGCAACAGUUUUGUUUUCUAUUCGGGGGUGCCGGAAAUGGCCAGGAUCAUCAACGCGAAAAUUGGCUGGAAGGAGAAGCCAAACGCCUUCUGCUUCGUCCACUGCAAGCAGGCCAUUGAUGUGGAGAGAGUCACCAUACAGAGCAUCAACAGCAACACGAAAUAUUCUCAGCAGGUUUCUCUCUGUCCAAAGGACGGGAUGACGGAAAUUCAGAACGGGGAUUUCCAAGAGUUCGAGGUGUGCAAGAAAUGAGUUUAUUUUCCACUAAGUCGUAAAGUAAUAUACAAUUGAUUUKCCCACAA